CUCCGGGGAUUACCUUCUUCGGCUGUUUCCGGAAUUGACCCGUAGACCCCGGCCGCGAGGAGAAGGCGCGCCCCCCUCCCGUUCCUAAGCGCUUCGGAUGUUUCCGGCUGCCGCCGGCGGAAAGAGCCGAGGGCCGGCGGUGGUGGCGGCCAUGUUGGGAGCAGCAGGUCCGGCGGCGGCUGCCUGUGUGCCGGGCGCGGAGCAGUGCCGCUGAGGGCAGGGGAGGAGCGAGGCAGGCGGCCGGCUGCGGCGGCAGAGAGUAGGCGGAGCGGCGCAGCCCGGCCGAAAGGCGGCACAGCCCAGCCGGGGGUCGGGGGGGUGCGGUCCGGAGCCGCUCGGAGCCGGCGCGGCCUAGCCCGAGCGGCGCAUCCCCGGGCUGGCGUGAGCGGCUGCCCGGCCUCCCCGCACCCCCGGCCGGGGCCCAUGCGGCGGGCGCUCCUGCUGUGAGAAGCCCCGCCCGGCCGGGCUCCGCGCCUUCCCUUCCCUCCCUUACUCCAAGCUUCUCGGUUCCCUCCCCUGAGAUACCGGCGCCAUGUCCAGCGCCCGGACCCCCCUACCCACGCUGAACGAGAGGGACACGGAGCAGCCCACCUUGGGACACCUAGAUUCCAAGCCCAGCAGUAAGUCCAACAUGCUGCGGGGCCGCAACUCGGCCCCCUCCGCCGACGAGCAGCCCCACAUCGGCAACUACCGGCUCCUCAAGACCAUCGGCAAGGGGAACUUCGCCAAGGUGAAGCUGGCCCGGCACAUCCUGACCGGGAAGGAGGUAGCCGUGAAGAUCAUUGACAAGACUCAGCUGAACUCCUCCAGCCUCCAGAAACUGUUCCGCGAAGUGAGAAUUAUGAAGGUUUUGAAUCAUCCCAACAUAGUGAAAUUAUUUGAAGUGAUUGAGACAGAGAAAACCCUCUAUCUUGUCAUGGAGUAUGCUAGUGGCGGAGAGGUGUUUGAUUACCUGGUAGCUCACGGCCGGAUGAAAGAAAAAGAGGCUCGAGCCAAGUUCCGCCAGAUAGUGUCUGCUGUGCAGUACUGUCACCAGAAGUUUAUUGUUCACAGAGACCUGAAGGCAGAAAACCUACUCUUGGAUGCUGAUAUGAAUAUCAAGAUUGCAGACUUUGGCUUUAGCAACGAGUUCACUUUUGGGAACAAGCUGGACACCUUCUGUGGCAGUCCCCCUUAUGCUGCCCCAGAACUCUUCCAGGGCAAAAAAUACGACGGACCCGAGGUGGACGUAUGGAGCCUGGGGGUCAUCCUGUAUACACUGGUCAGCGGGUCCCUGCCUUUUGAUGGACAGAACCUCAAGGAGCUGCGGGAGCGGGUGCUGAGAGGAAAAUACCGAAUUCCGUUCUACAUGUCCACGGACUGUGAAAACCUGCUGAAGAAAUUUCUCAUUCUUAAUCCCAGCAAGAGAGGCACUUUAGAGCAAAUCAUGAAAGAUCGUUGGAUGAAUGUGGGUCACGAGGACGAUGAACUGAAGCCUUACGUGGAGCCCCUUCCUGACUACAAGGACCCCCGGCGGACAGAGUUGAUGGUGUCCAUGGGGUACACACGGGAAGAGAUCCAGGACUCGCUGGUGAGCCAGAGGUACAACGAGGUGAUGGCCACCUACCUGCUCCUGGGCUACAAGAGCUCUGAGCUGGAAGGUGACACCAUCACCUUGAAGCCCCGGCCUUCGGCUGAUCUGACCAAUAGCAGUGCCCCCUCCCCCUCCCACAAGGUACAGCGCAGUGUCUCGGCCAACCCCAAGCAGCGGCGCUUCAGUGACCAGGCUGGUCCUGCCAUUCCCACCUCUAAUUCCUACUCCAAGAAGACUCAGAGCAACAAUGCAGAGAAUAAGAGGCCUGAGGAAGACCGGGAGCCAGGGCGGAAGGCCAGCAGCACAGCCAAAGUGCCUGCCAGCCCCCUGCCCGGCCUGGAGAGGAAGAAGACCACCCCCACCCCCUCCACGAACAGCGUCCUCUCCACCAGCACAAAUCGAAGCAGGAACUCCCCGCUUUUGGAGAGGGCUAGCCUUGGCCAGGCCUCCAUCCAGAACGGCAAAGACAGCCUAACCAUGCCAGGGUCCCGGGCCUCCACGGCUUCUGCUUCUGCCGCAGUCUCUGCGGCCCGGCCCCGCCAGCACCAGAAAUCCAUGUCGGCCUCCGUGCACCCCAACAAGGCCUCUGGGCUGCCCCCCACGGAGAGUAACUGUGAGGUGCCGCGGCCCAGCACCGCCCCCCAGCGUGUCCCUGUCGCCUCCCCCUCCGCCCACAACAUCAGCAGCAGUGGUGGAGCCCCAGACCGAACGAAUUUCCCCCGGGGUGUGUCCAGUCGAAGCACCUUCCAUGCUGGGCAGCUCCGGCAAGUGCGGGACCAGCAGAAUUUGCCCUACGGUGUGACCCCAGCUUCUCCCUCUGGCCACAGCCAGGGCCGGCGGGGGGCCUCUGGGAGCAUCUUCAGCAAGUUCACCUCCAAGUUUGUACGCAGAAAUCUGUCUUUCAGGUUUGCCAGAAGGAACCUGAAUGAACCUGAAAGCAAAGACCGAGUGGAGACGCUCAGACCUCACAUGGUGGGCGGCGGAGGCAACGACAAGGAGAAGGAGGAGUUCCGGGAGGCCAAGCCGCGCUCGCUGCGUUUCACGUGGAGCAUGAAGACCACGAGCUCCAUGGAGCCCAACGAGAUGAUGCGGGAGAUCCGCAAGGUGCUGGACGCCAACAGCUGCCAGAGCGAGCUGCACGAGAAGUACAUGCUGCUGUGCAUGCACGGCGCGCCGGGCCACGAGGACUUCGUGCAGUGGGAGAUGGAGGUGUGCAAACUGCCGCGGCUCUCGCUCAACGGGGUCCGCUUCAAGCGGAUAUCGGGCACCUCCAUGGCCUUCAAGAACAUUGCCUCUAAAAUCGCCAACGAGCUGAAGCUUUAACCGGCCUGGGCCAGACUGCAGCGGGCGGGCGCCCUCCCGCCGGCCUUCCGGGUUGUUUCUUCCACGUUUGUGGGGGAUGGGAGAUGGCUCUUCUCCCUCCCCCACACUCGCCCCCGCCCAGAAAUUCCUCCUUCCCCUCGCUCCCCCACCGGAGGCAAAGGAAGGGGAGGGGUGGGGGGCAGGGCUCCCCUCGGUACUGCGGUUGCACAGAGUAUUUCGCCUAAACCAAGAAAUUUUUUUAUUACCAAAAAGAAAAAAGAAAAAAAAAAAAAAAAAAACCCAGCGGCCACCUUUCCUCCCUGCCCCAUUGGGACAGUUGAGACUGGAUCUGUGGGGUUUCCCGGGAGGGUGGCUCAGGGCUGGAACACUCUCAGGCAAGAGUGGUGGAGCUCCCGGUCAGGCCCUCCGCCAGGCCCGCUUUGGGCUCAUCUCCCUCUCCUCCCCCCUCCCCUCCAAGCGAACCACCAGAGGUGGCCUUCCCCUGCCCUCGAGCCCCCAGCCCCUGGACGGCGGGGGCGCCCGGGCGGCGAGGGCCACGCAGCACCCCCUGCCCCUCCCUGCUGAGCUGGGCACUCCCUUCCACGAGCUGCUGUGGGGACAUUCGCUCCCCUCCUCAAGUCUGUGCCAUCUUCUCCACCCCUCCUGGUAGAAGGGCCCGACCCCAGGCUGGAAGAGGGGAGGGGGCCGCAGGGCAUGCCGGACUCCUCGGCCCCCAGGGGGCCGCCUGGGCUGCUGGCUCCCCGCACGGGGACGCCGGGCAUUCUCCGUUCUGGGAGAGCCUUUGUCUGCAAGCACAGCCCCCUCACGUCCCUCCUCCCAGUGCGUCCCCGUCAUUGGCAUUAAUCCGGGCACCAGCUCAUUCCGCACCACUCUCAUCUCGGCCUCGCCUUCUCUCCGGACACUGUCGCCCUCCUCUCAGGAGACACUGCCCAGGGCCUCCCCUGGACUGGGCGGCAGGGCCACGGGCCGGGGGACGGGAUGGGCGAAGUGACUCCCAGCUUGCUAACUUCCGCGGCCAGUGUGGGAGUGGGUGGCUGUGGGCGCUUGGCUGGUGGCGGCCACUGCAUCCCUUAAUUUAUUUCUCUGCUGUUUCUGUUCUUGAGAAAUCGAGGGGGGGGGGGGCGUCCCGCAGAGGCCACCCCUGCCCUCACCUGAGUUGUACAUUUUUUGUGAUGGGUUUUAUUUUUUAUUUUAUUAUUUUAUUUUUUUUUCUUGAUUUAUGAUGACUCCACCCCUCCUUCAUCACCCCCCCACCCCCACCCAGGCCAGGCUUGGAGGCCUUGGGUCCUGGGAAGGGGCCUCGCCAACCUCAGCCCUCCUGCCCCACGCUCAGCCUGUGGCUCCGGCUCAGACCAAGGGCUCCCCCCUCCCCCUCGUGGAACAGCCUGGGUGCUCCCAAGGGGCCUGGCAGGGAGGGCAUGGCUUGGCUCCCGUUGGCGGUGGGGGCAGGGGUGGGGGGCACCCAGGCAAGGUGGCCCCUCCCCACCUAGCCCCUCCUCCCCCCGCCCUGCACUUAGUUUCUCCUCUGGAUCAAACACGUAAUAAAGAGAAUGUUUG